AUGAUGCAGGAGUGGCUGGCUCCCGCGGUUUCAGAGGAUCUAGAGAAGUUAAAGGAGAUCAAGGAGAGACUAGCCCCGCUGGCCCUCGUGGAGAAAGGGGAGCUGCAGGUGUUGCUGGAUUGCGGAUUCAGAGGACCGAGAGGUGAAAUAGGAAGAUCCGGUAUACCUAGACCGAUGGGAAAAGAGGGACUGAAAGGCAGCACUGGUCCCGCUGGCCCUCAAGGAGUUAAAGAGAUACAAGGAGAAAUUGGCCCCUCUAGUCCUCGUGGAUUCAGAGGAUCGAGAGGUGAAAGAGGAAUACCGUUGGGAACUGGACCGAUAGGACAAGAGGGAUUGAGAGGAAGUACUGGUCCCGCUGGCCCUCGAGGAAUUAAAGAGGUUCAAGGAGAAACUCUGGUCCAUCGUGGAUUCAGAGGAUCAAGAGAUGAAAGAGAAAUACCGGGGGCAACUGGACCGAUAGGACAAGAGGGACGGAGAGGUAGUACUGGUCUCAUUGGCCCUCGAGGAGUUAAAGCAGGCAGAGGAGCAAUCGGUCCGGCCGGUCCUCAAGGGAAGAAGGGUGAUACUGGGAUAGUCGGGCCACGUGGAUUUAGAGGACCAAGAGGAGAUCGAGGAAAGCCCGGUAUAGCUGGACUAUUAGGACAUGAAGGACUGAGAGGCGGUAUUGACCCAGCCCUCAGGGAGUUAAGGGAGACAGGAGCAAUCGGACCGGACGGUCCUGAAGGAGAGAAGGGCGAUAAUCUAGUAGCUGGUAUACGGGGAUUUAGAGGAAUGAGAGGAGAGCGAGGAUCACAAGGAAUAGGUGGACAGUGGACAGUGAAGGAGACAGUGAAGGAGACGUCAAUAGCGGUUUCAUAA